GUUAUGUUGUCUUUUGAGAACACAUUAUGUUUUCCUUGUUAUCAAACUUCCAGGUGUCAUCUUUUGAUCAACCUCCAUUUUUUACUAAUCCUUCUGUUGAGCUAUUUCCUAGUGAUUUUGAUGCAGGUACAUCUGAUGAGCUUUACAAUGCCUCACUACAUGCUCUAACUAGUUCUGCAAUAGAUGAUCUACUUGCUAGUAAUGCAUUAGAUAAUUCUGAACCUGCCUCUACUUCCUCAUCUGUAUCACCUGUUGAUGGUGCAUUUGAUAUUAUUGAGUCUACAAAUGAGCUUAUUGUCCCAUCCUCAAGUCGUCCUACUUGGAUGGAUGUGACAAAUGCCUUUGUUAAUGGUGACCUAAAAGAAGAAGUUUAUCUGAGACCACCUCCUAGACUCAACCAUCCUCCAAACAAGAAAUUUGAGAUGAAAGAUCUUGGUGUUUUGAGCUAUUUUUUGGGGCUUGAAGUCACCUCUUCAGAUGAUGGCUACCAGUUCUCUCAAGUAAAGUAUGCCUCUGAUCUUAUUUCUAAAGUUGAACUCAAUGACAACAAGAGUGCUUCUACACCUCUUGAACCUAAUGUCAAGCUUACACCUAUGGAUGACUCUCCACUUUCUAAUCAUACUCGUUAUUGGGAAUUGGUUGGUAGUCUAGUUUAUCUUACCGCAACACGCCCUAACAUAGCAUAUGCAGUUCACAUUGUUAGUCAAUUUACGACUGCUUCUCGCUCUACUCGUUAUCUAGUGGUACUUCGCAUUAUUCGCUAUAUUAAGGGAACAUUGUUUCAUAGACUCCAUUUUUAUGCUAACUCCUCCUCUAUGCCUCACGCUUAUUCUGAUGCUGAUUGGGUUGGUGAUCCUUUUGAUCGUAAAUCUACCACUAGUUACUUAUUUUCCUUGGUAAUUGUCUUAUCUUUUGUCAGAGCAAGAAACAAACUAUUCCAUCUUGUUCUAGCACUAAAGCUGAGUAUAGAGCUCUUAGCGAUACAACAUCAAAACUUCUUUCAUUACGGUGGCUUCUUGAAGAUAUGGCAUUCCUCAGCCUUCUUCUAUUGAUUGAUAUUGUGAUAAUCAAAGUGCUAUAUAGAU